AUGAAGGUUGUGUCAGGUGACCAGGGGUAUGAGAUCCAGCCUUCAGUGUGAGCUUUUUCUUUCCAUGACUAGAAGGAUUGAGCAAACCAUGAUUUUGAUCUCCAUGUUGCGUAUCACAGGAAAGAGCUCCAGACAAAGUACUCAGACCAUUUGCCGUAUGAGUCUCAGGAAGAGGAGCUUGAUAUAAAGCAUGGAGUGCUCUUGUUGUUUCCUCUUCACUAAAACUGCAUUUAUUCAUCCCUGGCCUGGAUGGAGAUUUAACAUAAAAUGCAAUUAGAAAAAACCAGCAUCAACAUAACAGAAAAAGGAUACAUGUGAUAAGAUCAAAAAACGUGAGGAAAAAUAAUUUUCAAAACACAUUAAGAGUUGGAUCUACAUGGCAACGAAUAUAAUAAAGCAUGGGUAGCGGAGUUCGUUGCUACUGUUGUGGUUGUUUAUCUUUAGUCAUUGUUUCAAACAAUAAGAACACCGUCAGCAUCGGCCAGAAAGCAAAAUAAAGUCAAUUUCACAAAAUAAAUUCAGGGAAGUACAUACAGCCAGUCUUGCAUUGUGCACAGCCAAUUACUAGGAAGGUGAUCAGUGUUUGUCCCAUAAGGCAACAAGCGCCACUUCUGGCAUAUGUCACAACAGACCCAAUCCUCCUUGACAAGAAGAGCUGCAGGUGCUGGAGUCGCAUGAGAAGUCGGCCCAUUAGUUGCCAAUGGCGUGAUUUUCAUACCAUUUUCAAAUGCUUCACUAGUGGACGGAUUCUGAUCAUUUUUUACAUCCACCUUCUCCUUUGCCCUAUCAGAAAAUGCAGAACUAACCUUGUCAUGAUCUAUCCUAUUAUCCCUUCCCUUGUCUCUGAAUAGAUUUUCAGAUGGAUCAGUUAUGUUCACUGUUUUUUCAGACUUUGCAUCAUCCGCAGCAUCAUUCUGGCAUUGUUGA